UCAGCGGUCGACUGUUGCUCAAAAUGUGCGCUUAUUUUCUGGUGUAGAUACAUAUGUACAUUCUAUGUACUAUAUACCAAAACAGCAGUUUGUGAUGUGGAGCUGCACAGCACAAAUAUGUACAUACAAAUGUGUAAUAAAAAUUAUAUAAAAUUUAUACAGCUAGUAGAAGUGUGGCAAAGGUAGCGUUUAUUUGACUGAAAUCCAAAAAGGUUGUGAACUCGGAAGAUUAAGAAAAUAUAAGAUUAUAUUACCUAAAGAGAUCAUACUGCUAAGAGGCAACUAAUAAUGUAAAAAGAUUUUAUCUGCCUUCGGAAAUUUAUCAUAAGCAAAACCCAAAUAUUCAAAACCACAGGUUAGGCUUUAAUUGAAAGGACUAAAAAUGAAUGACAGCGAAGAGUUCAUUGAAAAGUCAACAGACUGUGUAUCAAAUAUUUCCAAAAAAUUUGAUCAAUGCUUAAAUUUGGAUAACGAGUUUUUAAAAAAAUUACCUAACGAUAUUUCGUGUUCUCCACUUCAAAAAAUUGUUCCAUCGACGCAUCAAUCGAUUGAAAGUCGCCCCAUCUAUCCAAAUGUUCCAUAUAGUCCAUAUGGUAGUCCCUUUGGCAGCCCUAGUUCCAGCCGACGCCGACCAGCUUUUCGAGAGUCUCGAAGGAUUUCAAUAGAAAAAUCAGGAAGUUUCCUUCAAUUGAAUCAAUAUAAAUUAAUGGAUAAAAUUGGUCAGGGUUCAUAUGGUCUCGUGAAGUUGGCUUAUUCUGAAGAAGACUCUACACAUUAUGCAAUGAAAAUUCUUUCAAAAAAGCGCCUCUUACGACAAGCUGGACUCAUGCGCCGUGGUCCAAAAAAAGCAAUAUCUCCACUUGAUCGGGUUUACAGAGAAAUAGCUGUUUUAAAAAAGCUAGAUCAUCCAAACGUCGUUAAACUGGUUGAAGUAUUGGAUGACCCACUGGAGGACUCUUUAUAUAUGGUUUUUGAAUUGGUAAAACAAGGAGAAGUAUUAAGUAUCCCAACCAAUAGGCCAUUGUCGGAAGAAAAGGUCCUGAGUAUUUUUCGCGAUUCUUUACUUGGAUUGGAAUAUUUGCAUUACCAAAAAAUUAUCCAUGCCGACAUAAAGCCUGGGAACCUAUUACUGACGGAAUUUGGGCAUGUGAAAAUAGCAGAUCUCGGUGUGUGCAACGAAUUUUUCGGAGAUGAUGCCAAAAUAAGUAAUGGAUCGACUGCAGGAACACCGGCUUUCAGAGCACCAGAAACUCUGAUUUUAGGGGAGAGCCAAUAUUGUGGAAGAGCAGCUGACGUCUGGUCGUUAGGUGCUACUCUGUAUUCGUUGAUAUUUGGAAAUGUACCGUUUUUAGCUGAAUCAGUGCCCUUAUUGUAUGAUAAAAUAAGACGAGAUCCUGUUGUGUUUCCAGAAAAUAUACAUAUCUCAGAAGAUUUGAAAAGCUGCAUAUUUCGAAUGUUGGACAAAGAUGUCAAUAAUAGAAUAUCAAUUCCGCAGUUAAAGAUGAAUAAAUGGGUAACUUCUGGUGGCUUAUUUCCCUUGCCAACUGAGGAAGAAAAUUGUUGUUUGGUUCAAGUCGAUGAUGAAGACAUAAACUCUGUUGUGCGCAGCAUACCUAAACUGGACACUCUAAUAUUAAUAAAAACAAUGUUAAAAAAACAUUCUUUUGGAAAUCCAUUCGUUAAAGGUGAUUCCGAAAAGUCGUUGAGGCCAAGUGGGUCACGGAUAGAAAGAUUUGUUCGUGCAGGUCGAUCAAACUCAGCACCAGGUUCAUAUCAUAUUGUGGUAAACAGGCAGUCAUCAGCCGACGUUCUACUUCCAUCAGUAACAGAACAUUAUUAAAUUCAAAGUAAUGAAAAUGUUAAGCUUCUUUUUAAUAUGAAUCAAAGGCUUCAUUAAUGGUAUACGAUUUUAUGUUGAUUUAAACGUGCCAUAUAUAUAUAAAACGAUUAAAAAAAGAACAGAUACAUGAUAUCUCUGUAUGUACAUAUAUAUUUCUUUUUUUUUGAUAAUGGUGAAUUUCUGGCAAUUAAUUGAUCAACUUUAAACCUAUAGAAGCUAAAGACACCAAAUCAACACAAAGUUAAAUCCACGCAAGGAAGAGAAACCCGUGAUGCUGCAAAAAGGUGUGCACAAUAACUUAAAAUCUACUGGACCAAUGGUUUUGAUCUAAUGUAACAUAAUUUCUGUAACUAAUUCUAUAUUAAAAAAAAAAAUUGCACGUGUACCUCGGCACAUUUUUCUCACAA